GCCAGCCCAGCGAAGAACCUGGAGGAGGCGGGGCCGUACACGCGGAGCGUAGCCGAGGGCGGCCCAAAAGGGCGUGGUCGCACCUGUAAAGCUUGUGGACCCGCGGUGGGGCGGGUCCGGGUCCUCGAGGGCACUGAGGGAGUCGGUCACCGCGCGGGCGGUGCCCGUAGGCCCUUUGGACCGAGGAGGGCCACACAGGCGCAUGGGCCGCGCAGGCGCGGUCAGGCUCCCCGAGGACACCGUGCGCACGGAGCCGCCCGCCAGGCCGGUGAUCGGAGGCGCCGCGAGCGCGCGUGCGCUGCUCCCAGGGCGGCGGGAACGGGGCGCGGCUCCCCCCCACCCCGCUCCCAUGGCGGCGGCCCCCGCGGCCGAGCCCGCGGCGCCGCCGGCCUGCCGCUUCUUCCUGGAGGGCCGCUGCCGCUUCGGCGCCCGCUGCCGCCAGCCCCACCCGGGGGCGCCGGCGCCGUCUCGGCGCGGGGCCGGGGCCAAGAAGCCGCCGCUGCGCACGGCCGCCGCCGUCAUCCAGCGCAUCCGCUGGGACCCGCGCCUCGACCCGGCCGACUUCUCGGUGGGCUACGCCGACCGCUUCCUCGGCGUGCGCGAGGAGCCCUUCGGCGCCUUCUGCUGGGACGAGCCGCUGGCGGCGCUUGGGCCCGGAGUCCUGGCCGUGCCGCAGCACCGGGUGCGCCACUUCCGCUUCCGCGGCCGCAUCGUGUGGGACCGCGCGUCGCGCACCGACCUCGUCUUCGGCUCGGGCUCGGCGGCGGGCCGCGGGCCCACCAUCCUGGACGCGCUGGGCGGCGGGGACGCGCGUGACGGACGUGAGGACGCGCACGACGGGGCAGACGCGCAUGGCGGCGAGGACGCGCUGGGCGGCGGGGGCGCGCGCGGCGGCGGCGAGGACGCGCACGACGGGGCAGACGCGCGCGGCGGCGGGGGCGCGCGCAGCGCUGAGGACGCCCACGGCGGAGGGGUCGCCGCCGCUCCCGCUGACACCGGAAGCGGGCUGGAGGCCAGGGAGCGGCGCAGGGCCGAAGGCCAGGCUUCCCCGUGGACAGCGCUGGAAAGGGUGCUGAAGCCGGCCGCCACGGGCAGGGCCACGGAGCCACACAGUGGGGCGGCACAGGCAGCGCCGGGACGAACCCCCGCUCGAGGUUUUCCCGAGACGGAAGCAGAGUGGGGUCCCGGCGCCUGGCCCUCGGAAGGCAGAGGGACGGCUGGAGCCGGGGCCGCGGCGCCCCGCCAGCCCCGCCCCACGCACUUUGUGGCUCUCAUGGUGACUGAUCCCGGGCUGCAGGCGGGGGUGGCCAAGGCCCAGGAAGAGCUGGUUCGAGCCGCACCCUCGUGUGCUGCGUUCGUGGUACCCGCGGGGGCCCUACACCUGACACUAGCCCUCCUGAGGCUGACAGGCCCCGGGGAGGUAGCCGCCGCAGUGGGUGCACUAAGACGCGCGCUCCUGGCCCCAGGACUUCAGGCACCCCGGCAGCUGAGCUUUAGGAGCCUGCUCCUCCUGGGGCAGCAUGUGCUCUGUGCCCCCCCCUCCCCCUCCCUGGAAGAUACGGCCCAAGUGCUGAGACAGAGGCUGGAAGCCGAGGGGCUCAGAGUAGUACAGCCCCUGGAGGGGCUACACCCCCACCUCACCCUAGCCAAGGUGCCCCACGGAUCUCAAGUCGGCCUCCCGCAGCCUGGGUUCAGCCCAAGGCAGGAGCUGGGGAGCCAGACCCUAGGGGAAGUCUGGCUGUGCCGCAUAGGCAGGGCAGGGGACACCUACCAGCCUCUGGCUGAGCUGCCCCUGGGAUGACGGUCCCCCCAGACCUCUGCAGGAGACCGCGCUCAACCCCGAAGAACCUGGGAAGAUCCAGGCCAAGCAGGAAGGGACAAAGUGCUCUCUCUCUCUCUCUCUUUAAUUUUGGUUUCUCUCAAGCUUCCAAAUGGUGCUCAGUGAUCCAAGGAAAGAAUGAAGGAAGGAGAAGGGAGGGGGAGAGGGAAGGGAGGGAAGCAAAGGAGGAACAUCUGGAAAAAAAGCAGCCUGACAGUCCAGCUGUUUGCCAACUCAUCGCACAUCCUCCAGUUACAUGGCAGAAGGGGGGGGGGCAAAAAGAAAAAGGGGAGGAAGAAAAAUAACUUAAAUAAA